UAGAACUUUUUUUAUAUCAUUAUCAGUUUUAUUUCGUGCCUUUGACAAUAUGUACUUGAGAACCGGACUUCUGGUGUUCACGCUUGUAGUGGGAUGCCUCGGUGUCCCAACGCCUGAUGACAACUUAUCCAUAUUCUUUGAGAACUUUGAACAAGAGUCUCGAAUCAUCGGUGGUACUGAGUCGGCUCCCGGCAGCCACCCUCACAUGGUGGCCUUCACCGUGGGCUUCUGGCUGAGAACCUUACUCUGCGGAGGCGCCCUGGUCAGCCAGCGCACUGUACUCACAGCAGCUCACUGUAUCGACGGGCAAUUUAUGUCCGGUUCUUUGGCUACUUCUCUCCGUGUAAUAGUGGGCACCAACCGUUGGAACCGUGACGGUGACGUGUACCGGAUCGCGCGCAACGUCACGCACCCUCAUUACGAGAUCAGACCCAUCAAGAAUGACGUGGCGCUGCUCAUCACUGCUGAGGAUGUGGUACUGUCUCCCCGCGUGCAGAUCCUGCCCAUUACAUUCGAUUUCAUUGGAGCUGGCGUAGGAGCUAGAGUCGCUGGAUGGGGAAGAACUAGGGUUAAUGGUGGAUCAUCUGCGGUGCUUCGAGAAUUACAAACGUCUACCAUAGACGGGAACGAAUGCGUGAUCCGCGCUGACCAGGCUGCCUUGGACCUGAACAUGCGCCCCCCGCCUGUAGACCCGCAGAUAGAAGUCUGCACUCUUCACUCCCCUGGAGUCGGAAACUGUCAUGGUGACUCCGGCAGUCCCAUCACUCGGCUCUCCGACGGCGCUCAGUUCGGUGUUGUGUCCUGGGCUUUCCCCUGCGCACGCGGCGCUCCCGACGUCUACGUCAGACUCAGUUCUUACAGAGCCUGGUUAGAGGCUAGCAUUGUCUGAAGCGGAAAAAA